AUGAGCUCUAAUUCUCAAAAAUUAUAAAAGCAAAAUAGCUAAUCUGAUAAUGAAAUCGAUGCUCAUGAGAACAAGGCCAUAAAGUAGGACUGUGUGUAGAUUUAAGCUAAGUAUUUCUAUAUUAAAUUUGAUACAGAUCAAAAAAUAUACAAAAGAGACUUCCAGAAUAAAUUAGAGCAAAAUAAGUUCAAAUUGAUUAGAUUUCUCAAUUCAAAUUUGAUAGUUCAUUGUAUUAUAAGAUGAAUUUAAGAGAAUAGACCAUUUACGAUUUUGAUUUUCUAAAAAUAGAUAAAGAUCUAUUGUCUAAUUAGAAUUAAAUUCUAGUAUAUAUUGUGAAUUAUUAUAGAUUGAGGAUAAGAAAUCUAAAAAAAAGUUUCUUAUAAAACCAAUCCAAACUGAAAGUGAAAUAAUUCAAGUAAAUAGAUAAAAUAUAUUUAGAAAUUAUUUUAAUUAAAUUCUAAAUUUAUUUUAACACCUCAAAACAUUUUCAGUCAUCAUGUCCAGACACAAAAAAUUGAUUACCUCGCAAAGGAAAUAAGUAAUUGAUUUAAGUUGAAUCAAGAAAUAAUUCAUUUAAAGUUUCAACUACUUUUGUUUUAAUAUUGCAGCAAAUCGAUUCUACAUUUUUCUCAUGAAUUGUCAAAUGCAAAACUCAAAAUAAUACUUGGUGAUUUAUUAUAAGGAUUGAUGUCAGCAAAGGAGAAUUAACUUGUAUUAAAUGAAAUAACUUUGGAUUCCAUAUUGUACUGCGAGGACAAUAAAAAUUUCAAGCUCAAUGAUUACACCAAUGCAACAAUUGGUGAUAACCAAAGUAAUGUAACCGAUUUAGGAAUGUGUUUCGCUCAACUCAUCCAAUAAAAGAAUUCAAGGCGGAGAUAUUAAAAAUUAUAAAUAAAUUUAAAUGAAUGGAAAUUAAAUAAUAAAGAUGAUCCAUUUGCAAGUAUUACCUUACAAAUGAUCAUGAAUGAAAAAUCACUUGAUGAAAUCAAUUAUUAAUUGUAAUAGAUAGAUUGUUGA